UUUGUCCGAGAUAGUGUAAACUUUAUUUUAAAUUUCACGUUCGAGGUGGUGUAAACUCUGUUUUUUGCAUAGUUACUCAGUAAUUACCUUGUUACUGUUCUUUUAAAUUUUUGGGGGGAUACGUAAAAACGAUCCAAUUUUUUGGGUUAUUUAUCUGGAUUCAGCUCCACGUGCAUCUAGAUGUACGUGGAACUGAAUCUAGAUAAAUAACCCAAAAAAUUGGGUAGUUUUUCUUGGGACCAGAUUUUUAGGAAAAGUUCGUCUACCUAAAAUGAAGGACUGACGUUGAAUUAUUAGAAUACCAUCCUUAGAGAAAUAGAAAAUUCGAGAAACAGUAUUUCCAUGUUUGAAUAUUUUUCAUUUGUUUGUGUCGAACGACUGUGAAAUUUAUUUUACGGUAUCUCUCUGCGAAGUUAGAAAGUUGAACCUCGGUAAAUUUCAAAACAUUUCACCACCUAUGGUCAAGACAAUCAUUUUACAUAAGAUGUUUUGAAUGUUAUUAUUUAGUUUUCAUUCGAUUAUUCAUACUGGUAUGAAAUCUGUUUAAAAGUAUAGAACAGAUGUAUACGGUUAUUUCUUAAGGUCACAUGAUGGUUUUACUGAAUUAAGUACUGGUAUACUAGCAGUCAAAGAUGAUUCACAGUAUGCAUCGCAACAAAAAGUGUUCGAUGAUCUAGGACGGGAUGUUUCAACUGUUGUCUAUUCGCUUAUGGUCAAACAGGAACGUUUUGAAGUUACCCUUUCGAUGUUAGAAAUAUAUAAUGAACAAGUACGAGAUUUAUUAACGAAAGAUUCUCCAAAAGGUGGUCUUAAUGUAAGACAAAAUCAAACAUCCGGUUACUUUUAUGCUCAAGGACUUCGGUGUACACCUGUUGGUAGUUAUUCAGAUAUUGAAAAGCGUAUCAUUGAAGGAACAGAAAAUCGAACUAUAGCUGCUACGAACAUGAAUGCCACAAGUAGUCGUGCUCAUACGGUGGUAACAAUAACAUUUGAUCAAAUUUUAAUAACAGAUUUGGGUGAAACAAAAAAAACAAGCGUCAUUAACUUAGUGGAUUUAGCCGGAUCUGAGCGAGCAAGUGCUACCGGUGCCACUGGUGAUAGAUUGAAAGAAGGUGCUAACAUUAACAAGUCUUUAUCGGCUCUAGGAAAUGUUAUUUCGGCAUUAGCUGAUUUGUCUUCUGGUUCAAAACGAAAAAUUGUUGUUCCCUACCGUGAUUCAGUACUCACCAAACUAUUACAGAAUGCACUUGGUGGAAACAGUAAAACUGUAAUGAUUGCUGCUUUAUCACCAGCCGAUAUUAAUUAUGAUGAAACAUUAUCAACACUUCGUUAUGCUGAUCGAGCAAAGCGUAUUAAAAAUACCGUUAUUAUUAAUGAAAAUCCGGUGGAAAAACUCGUUCGUGAAUUAAAAGAAGAAAAUGUUCGAUUAAAAUUACUAAUUGAUACGGGAAAAUAUAAUUUUAACAUUGAUCCAGGACUCGGUGCUACAAGCCAAGAUGUUGAGAAAAUUCGAAAAGAUUUAGAGGCUGAAAUUCAUGCCCAAAUUCGUAUGAAUCAACAAAUAUUACUAGAUACAAAAACACCAUGGGAAACAAAGUUAAAAAAUGCUCGUUCUGAUAGUGGAAUACGAACAUCUUCAGCUGAUAAAAAAUUACCAUACUUAACAAACUUAAAUGAAGAUCCAAUGUUAUCAUAUGUGAUAUGCUAUUAUUUGAAACUGGGUGAAACAACUAUUGGUAGUAAACAAUCGACAAUUUGUUUAAAUGGACUUGGAAUACAAGAAAAACAUGCUGUGAUUAAAUUUUCCAGUUUUGAUCAAAUUACCAUUGAAGCAGCCUCACCGGGAGCUACAAUCAAAGUUAAUGGCUACAAUCUGAAAGGUUCUACUCAGCUCGAACACAAAGAUCGACUCAUGUUUGGUGCCAGUCAUAUUUAUGUUUUUAUGAAUCCAUUUCAAACGAAAUCCAUCAAUUCAGAUAUACCUUCUAUAAUUACGUGGGACUAUGCUCAAAAAGAAGUUGCUCGAGCUAAAGGUUACAAUACGAGUAUCGGAAAUCUAACAAAAGAACAAGAAGAAACUCAAGAAAAAGUAUUGAAUUUAUUACCGACACUCUCGGAAGUAAAUGUUAUAGCUGAAGAAUUGAAUAAAUAUCGUACAUUUGAAAUAGUUGUAAUGCCCACUGCUUCAUGGGAAGGAAUCAAUGUGAAAGGAUCAAAAGUAUUGAUAAAAAUGAGAAAUUUAUUAAAUCAGAAUGCAUGGUUUUGGGAUGAUAUUAAAUUUAUGAACAGAAAUUAUAUAAUAAAAGAUCAUUAUCAAAAAUUUCUGGAUGGCGAAGAAGAUAUAUUGUAUAUCAAGAAAGAAGAUGAUCCAUUUUGGGAACCUGUCGAAGAUCUUCUACUUGGAACUGCCAAUGUUUUCCUACAAAGUUUGGCAUAUUCACUUGAUUUCGAUGAUGAAAUAUGUAUUGUGGACUAUAAAGGAUUAGAACAAGGUCGAUUAGGAAUUACUCUGUCACCAUGUGCAGCGAAUGGUAAACCUAUAAUCGAAGAACAAUUUGUUGAUCAACCAGAGGAAUUACUUAAUAAACCGUAUAGUUUUAAAUUAGUUAUGCGUCAUAUUGAAAUAAACGAUGAAAAAUAUAGCAAAGGUGUAAGAAUACGGUAUAGACUAUUUAAUGAACAAGAGUUCACGAACACUGAUGUAAUUGGAAAACAAACUAUGUUUGCAAAUAUUAAACAAACAAGAAUAAUCACAGUUCCCAGUGUUGAUCAUAAUUGGCUUAAUUUUUUUGAAAAUGGAUGUAUUAUAUUUCAAAUAUAUGCUGUUCAAGAAGAAUCAAAACCCGAUCAUCGUCUAUUUAAAAUGACAACAAAAGAAUUAAAAAUAAUGGAACAAAAACAAGAAGAAUCAAACGUAUUAGUACAAACAAAUACCAUGUUACCCGGUGAUUCAAAAUUAAAAUCAGAAUUAACUUUGUUACAGCGUAAAUUGAACAGACUAGAACAAAAAGAAAAAUGCAUGCAAGGCAAAAAUGACGAUGAUAUUGAAAUAUAUUUAUUUGGUUCAGAUGAACAAGACUAUUUGCACGAUAUUGAACAUCAAAAUACUGAUAAACUGAAAUAUUGGGAAGAAUAUCAUCGGAAAACAUCACUGAAACAACGGCGAUCGUCUGUCGCAUUUCGAAAUACGUCAAGACUUCCAUUACUACCGACCGUAUCUCCAAAACCGGAUAUACUUCCGUCACAACAAAAUGGCAAUCUAUUGUCAAUUGUUAAUGAUAAAAAUUUGCUCAAUAGUUCUGCAUCAGUGAAAGAUAUCAAAUCAACUCAGCAACAACAAGACCAAAAUGAUAUAGAAAUGUCAAUGAAUGAUUCAAAUGCCAACUUAAAAACAAAUUCUUUAUUAUUCAACACAAAAAAUUCAGUAUCAUGUUCGAUUCAGUAA